GAGCGAUGGCGGAGGAGCCCGAGCCGGAGGGCUCGGACGCCGGCAGCGAGGAGGUCUUACUGACCCCGGCCCAGCUCAUCCGCAGCCUGGAACAGGCCUGGAUGAAUGAGAAGUUUGCCCCGGAGUUGCUGGAGAGCAAGUCAGAAAUCGUUGAGUGUGUUGUGGAGCAGCUGGAACACAUGGAGGAGAACCUGAAACGUGCCAAGGGAGGCGAUCUGAAAGUUGGCAUUCACCGCAUGGAGGUCGAGAGGAUCCGCUACAUCCUCAGCAGCUAUUUGCGCUGCCGGCUCCGGAAGAUUGAGAAGUAUUUCCCCCACGUCUUGGAGAAGGAGAAGACUCGGGCUGAGGGGGACCCGUCCAUCCUGUCCCCAGAAGAGUUUGCCUUUGCUAAAGAGUACAUGGCGAACACAGAGGCCCAUUUCCGGAAUGUGGCUCUGAAACACAUGCCUCCCAACCUUCAGAAGGUGGACCUCCUGAAGGCAGUUUCCAAACCAAACCUGGACUCUUUUGUGUUCCUGCGGGUGAAGGAGAGGCAGGAGAACAUCUUGGUGGAGCCAGAGACAGAUGAACAGAGAGAAUAUGUGAUUGACCUGGAUGAAGACUCUCAGCACCUGAUCCGGUACAAAACGAUUGCUCCUUUAGUGGCUUCGGGGGCAGUUCAGCUCAUUUAAACAUCAGGGAGACCCCUGGGCGUUUUGCAAGUCCCAAGCGAAGGAUUUACCCAGGACCAACAGGGCUGCUUGGCACACUG